UCCAGUGUUUGAACCCGAGACCUCAAAUGGAGGGAUCCUAUUCAUCCAUAUCGUAUUUUCCUAAUGAAGUAUUCAGAGCACAAGUGGUAGGCAAUCACUCUUUUAUUUUCCCAAUUUAUAUAAACCAGCUCUUCUCACUUCCAUUUUAUUUCACUUUUCUUCCCUAUACUAUGCUUCACUUUUUCUUGGUGUAUUUGCAUAAAGAUUCAAUCUUUUUGGUGUUUCGAUUAAUGGGUUGCUCCGUUUCUCGUUCCUAUCAUGACUUUGGUACCAGAAAUGUAUCAAACUCACAUUCAGCUCCAGUUUCAACAACACUCUUCCUACCGACACCUCUAAUUCACCAUCCACCUCUUUGUAAAGGGGACACCAAUCACUUAGUUUCACUCACUUCCUCUACCUAUGGAUCGCUUGAUCAUCGAGUUCUAGACAACCCCACCACAUCUGAGGAUGACCCUUUAUCUCCUGAUGCAACAAUCAACACUUGGGAGCUAAUGGAAGGCCUUGAUGACAUAGAUUUUCGUAUGGUUUCGUCCCCUGUAUAUGAUAUUCAGAAAGAAUUGGUGAAGUCUAAUGAGCACCCGAGUACGAAGCCAUUAUGGAAGCAUUUGUCUGAGGAAUCAUUGUUGGCGAAAAUGGAUCCUAAUGUAGCUUUAAGUUAUAGAAAAGCAUUGUACUCUUCCAAACAAUAUAAGCAUGAUCAGGAUGAUAGUUCAAGUUGUUUGAGCUCAUUUUCGCGUAAUACUGAUCACAUCUACUUAAAAGGUACUGAAGAUAAGAUUGUAGUGUAUUUUACUAGUCUGAGGGGAAUCAGGAAGACUUAUGAAGAUUGUUGUUCCGUGCGUAUGAUCUUUAAAGGGGUUCGUGUAUGUGUAGACGAAAGGGAUAUCUCUAUGGAUUCAUCGUAUAGAAAAGAGUUACAAGAUGUGUUACAAGGUAAAACACUAAACUUGCCUCGGGUGUUUAUAAGAGGGAAGUACAUUGGUGGUUUAGAAGAGAUUAAACAACUUCAUGAUACCGGAGAAUUGGCUAAGCUUUUAGAAGGGUUCGCGGUUAUGAAUGAUGGAUUCACUUGUGAAAGUUGUGGUGAGGUGAGGUUUGUACCAUGUCCUAGUUGCAACGGAAGCCAGAAAUUGUUCGAAGAGGAGGAAGGGAAGUCGAGGAGGUGUCCACAUUGCAACGAAAAUGGAUUGAUUCGUUGCCCCGGGUGCUGCCCUUGAAUGCAGCUAGCUCUGGGAUUGAUCACUUAGGGUUCUUUGUUCUUGUUAUUACAAGUAUAUUUGUACAUGGAUAUGUCUAGGUGCAAAAAGUAUAUUGUAUACACUUGCAGUAAGUUAUGUACUCUCAAGUUAUGUCGCUCGGAUACUUCAAUAAUAGUACGUGUUGAAUCCUUCAAAUUUCAAAAUAGUAUAUUUUUGAAGGAUCCGACACGAGUAUGAUAACUUGUCUACAUCAUUUAUUGUCGGUGGCUACUAAUCUUGCCUUACUAUGGAACCAAGUGGCAAAUGCAAAAAUGCCAAAAUUCAAGAGAAAUAUUUAGUUAUGGCCCCAUUUCUUAAUAAUAAUGAUAAGGAUGUUAGAUAAGACAGUU